CGCGAUAUCGAUACUACUGCAGAAGGGCAGGUGGAUGGAGAGGGUGUUGGCACUGGCACGAAGCGGAUCUGCUGACGAUCGGGUCACUUGUUCUGUCUUUGUCUUCCCGCCCAGGCCGCGCCGCAUGAGGAUACUGUUCUCGGUUCCUGCAUCCGCUCAGAAUUGGAUAUUAUUUAACUAUCAUGGCGCCUUUAUUUGGAUAACUACUGGAAGCUCCUCUCUCAUGCCCUGUUGUCCUCCUUCAUCCCCCGCUUGGCGACCAAUGCAUCAGGAUACCCGACCAUGGGAAAUCUUGGUGACCUGUCGCCCCAGGGUAGUGUCGCGGUCGGGGUAAUAGUCGGCUUGAUUUCAACCAGUCUCCAAGCCAUCGGGUUGACACUACAACGCAAAUCCCAUAUACUCGAGGACGAGAAACAUCCCUAUGACCUACGAAGACCACCAUAUAAGCGUCGAAGAUGGCAGCUAGGAAUGCUAAUGUUCGUUGUUUCGAACAUCGUGGGGAGUACCAUCCAAAUCACUACGCUUCCGCUUCCAGUGCUCUCAACUCUCCAAGCGUCGGGCCUGGUUUUCAACACGAUCUUCGCCACUUUAGUCCUCGGCGAAGCGUUCACCAGGUAUUCCUUUAUUGGUACGAUUCUGGUCUGCAUUGGUGCAGUCUUGAUAGCUGUAUUUGGCGCUAUAGGGGAGCCGGCGCAUAGUCUGGAUCAACUGCUGGAGCUUCUUCAACGACGCAAUUUCGUACUCUGGAUGGUGGGGACAGCCGUCAUUGUGCUGGUCAUUCUGCUCGUCUCAAAAUCGCUCAAGCUUCUCGCCUCUCCGCACCGCUCAAGCCGUGUAAGGCUGAUUCGUGGUCUAUGCUAUGGCCUGAUCAGCGGCAUUUUGUCGGCUCACUCCUUACUUUUAGCGAAGUCAGCUGUCGAGCUUCUUGUCCGAACGAUUGUGGAUCGUGUGAAUCAAUUUAAUCGAUGGCAGUCAUGGGUGAUUCUCCUCGCAAUGAUCACCCUUGCACUGACGCAAUUAUACUUCUUACACCGUGGCUUGAAGUUGUGCAGCACGAGCAUUCUGUAUCCUUUCGUGUUCUGCAUCUAUAACAUCAUCGCUAUCCUGGAUGGUUUGAUCUACUUCCGCCAACUGUCCCAGCUGGCGGGUUUCUACGCCGGCCUGAUUGCUCUCGGGACGGUCGUUCUGCUAAGUGGAGUGCUUUGUCUCUCGUGGCGAUUGGAGGUUAUCGACAGCCAUGCGUCUGUGACCGUUGUUGGCCCUUCUCAAACCGGAUUGGGCCCCGGUAUGGCUGUGCUUGAGGAGAACCCGCAUUCUCCUCGUGAAGUUGGCGGGGAGGACGAAGAAUUGCGCAUCGGAGAGCGACAGCCUCUCUUGCAGGCAUCCCACGCGCCGCACGGGUCCCCUCAUCGACGGACACCCAGUUUACCUUUGGUUUCAUCGAUUCCUCAACAAACUCCCACUGCUGACGUUGACCCGGCGUCCAUCUGGGCUGAGCUGGAUGACUCAGACUACGAAUACACCGGUACGGGUCCCCUCUGGCAACCCCGUCCUCGAAGCAGCACCGUGAGGGAAAAUGUUAUCCGUAGCCCUCGGCACUCAACAAUUGGCGCAGUCGGCCAACACGCCUGGACAAACCGUAGAACCACCCGCUCAGUCUACGAAGGACACCACCAGCGAAGAACUUCAAUCCCGGGCCCCGACAAUCGACAAUCUCUGCAAAAACGAAGCACCUACUUUGGCCCUUUCCCAGGUAACCAUUCAAAUCGCUCCAUCGGCUACGGCACAUCGGGUGAGAGCGACCGCGAACGUGGACACGAAGGAUCGAAUCACCUCAUCUCAUCAAGCUCGAGAAACGCCUUAGCCCAAGCCUGGAGAAGUAGCCUACGAUAUCUCUCGCGGUGGACGAGACACCGCCCACGCACUGGAUCUGAGUCACACGAUCCUCUACUUGACUCUUCGCAUUCCCCUUCAACAUGACGGCUGACAAGCCUAUGCUGCUAUUGCUCGUAUGUUGUCUAGAGAUUCCGACCAUUUGAUCUCAUUUUGGCGAUUUCUUGGCCGUGACUAUUUCCUUUUGUACAAUACCCCAAUAUAUACUCAGCAGUGCUUUUAGUCUUGCUUGUUUAGCUUGAUUCAUAGGAGAUAUCAAGUCGAAUUAGUCUGCAUUGGCAUC